AUGGUAACUCUCGAUCAGUUCAAUUCAAAAUAAAAAUAUGAAUAAUCAUUUAUUAAUAGAUUGAAUUAGACCCAUUAUGAAUUAACAGUAAUUUGUCACUCAUUGUUUUUUGGAGAUGCAUAAGUCAGAUAUGGCUACAUCUCAACAUUAGAGAACUACUCAUGAAGAGAAAUGGUCUAAAAGUACUUUAUAUCAUUUACUCCCCAGAUCAAAUCCUACUAAAGUCUUGGAGAGUUAUGA